AUGGAAGAAACACUGAAAGGAACGCGCAUAGGUCCGCUGCCUGGGGGUCGCCGGGGCACGUCUGGAGCUGGCGCUGGACGCGGCAGCAUGCGGGCCGCCAGCCGAGCGGGAGGAGCUGCACGAUCACCUAUCAGCCCCUCGCAUCCAUCAUCCCCACCAGAAGGCUUGGUGUCGGCUGGGUCUUCUCGAACUCAUAAAGCGGAACCCGCCGCUGGUGGAGCACGUCGCAUGCAGCUGGAGCCAUCUCUAUCCGUCACUGAGCAAAACCUGGCAGACCGAGUUCGCUGCAUCCUGCGCUCCAACAUAUUUGGUGACGCCGAACUCGAACGACUACGACGUGAGGCUGUUCCCUCAUCGGAUGGAAAUGCUACGGCUGGGAAUGCGGCGCCACUAAUUGCGCAGCAAACUGCAAACGUGGACGCUGCCGUCAAUAUUCCAUUUGUGGUUGAUUCAGACGAUGAUGGAAUAGUCCCCCGCGAACUAGAGAAAAUGAGGAGCAUAUUGGAAGAGUCGACGCUGGAAACGCGCAGCAUGCCUCUCGAAAAUCGACCGCGACUUCCCCGCAUACCCCUUAGCAAGCAAAAUCGGGCUGUCGUGCGGGCUUUUAACCAAAUACUGGUGACCUAUUUGGAAGCCAGCCGGGACCUUUGCAAGACGGACUCAAUUAUUUUUGGCGCCGCACUGGCAGUAUGCCGUAUUAUUGACGCCAAACUUCCCAUGGCUGGACGUGCUACUCAACAAGGUAGUGCCAUCCCAGCCUGGAGAAAAAGAAUCGCGGACCGUAUCACAAAGGCAAGGGCCCUUAUCGGCAGACUGACAAGCUUCAGGUCGGGUAAUAAGAGACCGUGA